ACAUACCGAUGGCCUUCUCAAACCCAGCUUUUGCCCACGCUCUCUACUGUUCAGCAAAUCCUGCAAAGAAAAUCCCAAGAGCUUGUGCCAAUAACCCCAACGACAUGCCAAUCUCCUCCUCUCAAGCAUGGAGCAAUAUUCUGCAAAACCAAUCCUUGGAUAAAAUGUGCAAUAGAAGAUUAAAGAAGCUGAAAGAAGCAAAAAUUGAGCUUACCAAAGUUUCAGAAGAGGAAGAUCAUCUGUCAGUGAAAAGUUUAACAAUGAUCGAUUCGAUCCGACGCCUAGGCAUUGAAUAUCAUUUUCAAGAUGAGAUUAAUGAAGUUUUAGAAAAUCACUAUAAGAAGAUAUCUACUGGUUAUACCCAUCCAGAUGAUGAUCUAUUUGAAGUUGCUCUUGGCUUUCGAUUGUUAAGAGAGCAAGGUUACUAUGUACCUCCAGAUUUAUUUAAAAAAUUCAAGAACAAGGAUGGAAAGUUCAGACAAGAAUUAGGUGAAGACAUCAAGGGACUAAUAGAAUUAUACGAAGCAUCUCAAUUAAGCAUUCAAGGUGAAGAUAUUCUUGAUGAAGCUCAAGAUUUUAGUGGUCAUCUUCUUACUGCAUCAACAUUGCAUCUUGAUGAUUAUGAAGCUGGAAUUGUUUUAAAUACAUUGAAGAAUCCAUACCACAAGACCUUAGCAAGGUCAAUGUUUAAAAACAAUUUAAAUAAUUUCAAAUUAAGCAGAAACAAAUCUAAAGAUGUCUUUAUGGAACUUGCCAAGUUAGAUUUCAACAUGCUUCAAUCCUUUCAUCGAGAUGAAAUUAUUCAUAUUUCCAAAUGGUGGAGAAACGACAUUGGAUUUGCAACCGAGAUGAAGUUUACUACAGGCCAACCACUUGAAUGGCUCUCAUGGCCCUUGACAAGCCUUACAAAUCCAAGCUUAUCAGCACAAAGAGUCGAGCUAGCAAAAGUCCUUUCUCUUUUCCACUUUAUACAAGACAUUUUCCAUUUUUAUGGGUCUAAUAUCGACCGACUUACUCAUUUCGUGCAAGCCAUUAAUAGGUGGGACAUUGGCGCUGCAAAUGACUUAGCAGAGUGUAUGAAGAUGUGUCUAAAGGUUCUUUACGACAUUACUGAUGAAAUUGCUUACAAGACAUACAGAGAGUAUGGAUAUAACCCAAAACGCUCAUUGAAAAAAGCGUGGAUAAAACUGUGCAAUGCAUUUCUAGGAGAAGCGAAAUGGGCAGCUGUUGGGCAGUUGCCAAAGGCUGAGUACUAUCUAAAGAUUGCAAAUUUUACAUCAGCAGUAAAUGUGGUGUUAGUUCACAUCUUUUUUCUCUUGGGUGAGGCUUUAACAAUGGAAACAAUAAAUCUUGUUGAUGAUGAUCCUGCCGUUAUAUCUUCCGUGGCCUCCAUUUUUCGUCUCUCCCAUGGCUUAAAUAAUACCAAGGAUGAGGAUGGAAUUAGCGGGUUUACAUACAAGAAAUGCUACAUGAGGCAAUAUCCAUUGUCUUCUUUCCAAGAAGCUAAAAAGCAUUCUAUGGAGAUGAUUUCAGAUGCAUGGAAGGAACUGAACAAGCAAUGUCUCUCUCCAAAUCCAUUUUCACCAUCUUUCAUUAGGGCUGCUCUUAAUUGUGCAAGAUUGGCUUCUUUAAUUUAUGGCUUUAAUGACAAUCAUAAUCUCCCAAGGCUCCAAGAAAACAUCAAGUCUCUAAUCUUUGAGAGGAUUGCAAUUUAAGUGGUUAUCACCAAAUAGGGGGCAAUUCUAAUAGUUUUUGUACAUAUAAUUGUAUCAUAUUAAAAAUAA